GACACAAAACAACAAAAAACGAAGCAGCACGACCAGGACCCGAAAAGCCGCGGGAACCCAGGGGACACAGAGGGGAAGCGGAGCGGUGCGCAGCGCCACUCGGCAUUCCCCCUCUCCCGGACGGGCGCCGCGCCCAACGAAGCCCCGCGCGCUUCCCAACGUCCACUCUCAUGCGGCCCUGCCGCGGACUUUCCUUGCGGACUUGCGGUGGCGUCCUGCCGCGCUCCCUGCUGCUCCGAGCCGUCCACAUCAAUCAAAACUCUGUCCGCCUACCUUCCAUUCGCCUAUCCGCGCGCUCUUUCUGCCCGCUCCCGGCGCCGCGCUCUCCACUCCUCACUUCGGCUGGAAUACUGCGUUUUCGCUGGGAACCUAGCAGGAUUCAGGAGUUUUGGGGAGCGAUGGCGCCGGCGUCGGGGCAGUGGGCGUGGAUGGCGACGGUGGCGGCGGAGGAGCUGGCGAAGCUGGAGGACGCGCACCCCGGCCGCAGCCUUGGCCCGCUCAAGGCCGAGCUCGGGCGCAUCAUCGCCGACCCUGGCUGGGACGACGACGACGCCGUCCCGCUCGCCUUCCUCGGCGUCGGCGUCCCCUCCUCCUCCCAGUCCCAGUCCCAGCCGGCUGCUCCCCCAGACCUUACGCCGCUCACACAAGAGUCCUCGACCGAGAAGCGAAAGUGGGUUGGCGGCGGCGCUGCGGUCGACCGGGAAAAGCAGAGGAAGCGCCGGCGGCGGAAGACCGAGGCGCAGCCGAGGGCGAAGAAGGACAGGGCAGACAUGCUCAUCGAGCGCGCGGAGGAGUACCUCAAGAUGAUCCGCGCCGUCAAGCAUAGCUUGCGGCCUUGCUCGGAGGACUGAAACCAAGGGACAGCUUAAGGGACAGUGAUUGGGAAAUGAGGCUUUUGCCGAUUGCCUUCGGUUCUGUAUUCUGUCUUUCUUUUCGCCGCAAUUGGGAAAGAGGCAUCAUUUCUUCUUCUUUUUUCAGGAAAAGUGGCAUCAUUUCGGAA